AAUGACUUUUAGGCUGAAAACCCGAAGCUCUAUCUGGCAACACUGAUUCGGACACAACCUUUACUUUAUGUUCGUCAGCAGAGGCGAGAAGACAAUGAAAUACUAUUUCAUUUCAUACAAUACAAUCACAAUAAAUAAAACUAUUGCAGCUUUCCACAAAAUAUUCCGUUUUCUCUAGGGAAAGUCUCGACAACAACAACUUAGAGUUUGCUUAUAUUCCUGGAGGGCGGUGUUUAAUAUUCCAAUCUACUUCUAGCAAACGUAGGAAAAAAGAGGUAACACUUUUAGGCGAGGUUAUUAAAACAAAUAUCGUCAGUUAAAAUACUGUUAUAAAAAGCUAAAUUAAACGAUACCACAACAGUUAUAACCGAUUUCCGGCGUACGCUGGACAAUGAUUUCAACGGACCCUCGCCCAACAGCCAAUCGGAUUUAUUUCAGUCCUUUCACUACUUCCGGGUUGCUCAUGUGACUUUCUGUUUUGACAGUACGCUAAAGUCAUGUCGAGCAGGUACCGCAUCGUAGUGGAGGGAGAAGCUUCUGAAACAGACUCUGAUGAUGAAGUUUACAUCACCUCUUUACCUUCUGGACAAACAGCCAGAGCAAAGGUUCCAGGAGAAGCCUCUGAGACCGACAGUGAGGGCGAACCGCAGCAGGCAGCCCAGCAUCCUGCAGCGGGACAGGAAAGCGCCCAGAUCCUGAAGAAGGACCUGCCUCCCCUCAUUGUGGUCAGAGAUCACCUGGAUAUUCAGUCUGUAGUGGAAGACAGGCCAAGCCCCGCCCCCAGGUCACAUGGGGACAGUCUGUUACAGCAGAAGCUGCAGGAGUCCAACAGCCGACUGUAUUCUGAUGUGGGACAAACGGUCUGCCAUGUUUACAGCAGCGCCAACAAGGAGAUACGAAGUGCAACCACUCAGCUGAACGCCUCCCAGGGCGCCAUCAUCAACGCCUCCCACAGCAUCAGGUUGAUCCUGGAUGACCUCCGCGCCGUGUCCGAGAAGAUUGACAUCAUCACAAGCUGUCAGAUCCUGUCUGACAUUAACAUAAACGUUCCCAACAGUUUAAACGCUCCUGUGCCUUAAAGAAAUUUAGAGCAUUUAUAAUGUUUUAAUAUGUAUUUGAUUCAAAGCAGAAAUAUGAGCAUUUAUAGCUAAUAGGUACUUUUUUGUUGGCAAAUAUAAGGAGAGUUUUGCUGAUAGAGGACCAGAAGUAAAGUUUUAUUUAUGCUAUAAUACCUAAUUCUAUGUGCAGAUUCUGAAGAGUAUUAGUGGAUUAUGCAUUUGUUUGUUUUAGCCCUCUGUGUUGUACAGUACUUACAUUUAACUCUGUGGUUAAAUUUGACAUAAAUCUGAAGUUAAAAUAUAGAUUUUU